CCUUCCCGCGGUUGUCGCUCGGUACUGACGUGUUCAUCGCGGCGGAAGGAAAUGUCCAGACAUUGCUGUUAUAACAGCAUUGUUGGUCGUGACACGCCGUCGCACACGUUUCCCAGAGACGAGAAGCAUGGCGAACAGACUGCUGCAGAUCAGUGAGCGUGCAGUCAAGUUGGCACCCGUAGUAGCACGGGCCCAACCAGCAGCUGCAUAUCAUGGCCGCGCCCUUAUUGGCAAGCGAGAAGUGGUUGGCUUUGGCAUGAACGGCGAGUAUAGCUACCUUGACAACCCUAACUUCCCUAUGCCAUCCAUCCGUUACAAGGAGCCCUCUCCAGAGAUUGAAAAAUUGCGUGAGAAGGAGAAGGGUGAUUGGAAAAACCUCAGCCUGGAGGAGAAGAAAGCACUGUACCGAUACAGCUUUUUCCAGACCUAUGCUGAAAUGAAUGCAUCUCGAAAUGAGUGGAAACCCAUUGUGGGGAAUGUGUGCUUGCUUUUGGGUUGCACCCUCUGGAUCUGGAUUUUCCUUAAGAAGUUUGUUUAUGGGCCAAUGCCACAAUCUACUACCCUGGAAGCCAAACAAGCUCAGCUGCAGAGGAUGAUUGACCUUAGAGUGAAUCCCGUUGAGGGCAUUGCCUCGAAGUGGGACUAUGAAAACAACAGGUGGAAGUGAAGACUUCUUCAGUGCACUACAUAAAGGCACCAGAAGUAGGUUUCUAGGUCUUCACUUUUUCUGCAAUAAAGUGUACACCCAAGUC